AUGAACCGAGCACACGACAUUCGCCGUAUCGAGAUCCCUGAUGAUUACAUCCCAAUGUACGAGCUUGCCUUCCUCUUCUGCGUAAUAGUCUGUGUUACCCACAUACAAGCUAUUGUCUCGGUCUUGAGUGGUUACGUUGCUAUAUUCGGAGUCUUGAUCUUCCUUCUAUAUGGAGAUCGACGGAGGAAGAAGGAGAUUCAGAACCUCCAAUCACGAAGGAGGGCCAAAUGUCACAGGCUAGAGGCUCGUAAAGACGUCCUGGAAUCAGCUCGACUUCGAACCUGGGUUGACGAGCAAGCCCAUCAUGACCCAGCAUGGACGACCAGCCCACGGCUGGGCAGGUCAAGACGUUAUUCUACUGAACCACCGCCAGCCUUCCGGAACCGAAAUGCAGCGAAGGUACCGUCAUCUUGCGAAGAAGGCCACCGGACACGCUUAUGCACACCUGCCGUGUGCAGACCAGUGUAUGACUCUCAUCCACGAACACCUGUAGUACGCAAGAUGCAUUCCUCUUCUCUCAAUCGUCCGAGGAGUGUGAGUGCACCAGCCUCGCCGAGUCCAUCCCCUCACACGCGAUUUCCUGCUCUCUCGUCUAUGGAUAGCACAUUUGUCGCAAGCACUCCAUCGCCGGACUAUGUAACACCAGUGGCUUACAAUCUACCACCAACCCCUUUCAAGGUCUGGCGUGAUGAUUCUGUCGACAACACAUCCAUUUGUUCGAUGGAUCAUACCUGCUCAGCUUCGUGCUCAUCAACCGCACACUGUGAGCCAACGAGCACUGAGCCAACAACGGCAAGCUCUCACUCGGAAACACGACGUCUUCCUCAUAGUGACCCUGUGAAACUGAUCCGACCUUCCGCUGCAAGGCAGCCUAUGGACGAAGCAUGGUCGAUCUCUGGUAACCCGAACAAAUUCCAAUUGCGAGGCCCUCUUUUGUUGAAGAAAGAUCCGAAUGGAUGGGAAUGGAAAGACCAUAAAGCUCGUGCUACCAGGUUUUUGCCAAGAAAAGGGUACAGACGAGCGGUGAACUGA